CCUCCAUCAUGGCCCUCUCAUGUUCAGUAUAUCAACGCCCCCCGUUAUCAUCCUUCUGUGCCGGGCCCCGUGCGCUCUUUUCUUAUCAGUGGCACUAAUCCCGCCCCCCAGAAAACACCGAUUUCAGGUCCUUCGACAUCUCUAGUUCGCGUAAGGUACAUCACAGAACCUUCUCACCCUGCACGAGGACAGAACGGCCUUUUUGCUGUUCGAAAGAUCCUUCCUAGGUCACAUAUCAUUGACUAUAUUGGAGAAGUGCAUUGCCAGGAUAGAGCUGACUCCGACUACGAUCUUUCACUUUUUCGGUCAGCGGAUGGGGAUAAUGUAGGCGUGGAUGCCAGUAUUAUGGGCAAUGAGGCUAGGUUUGUCAAUGAUUACCGUGGUAUUCGAAGCAAACCCAAUGCUGUUUUUGUGGAGAGCCGUACGUCGCAAGGCGAACUACGGAUGAGCAUUUGGAGUUCCAAAGAUCCAAUACAAAAGGGCGAUGAGAUCUUAGUAUCCUAUGGAAAAAGUUGGUGGCGCUCCCGA